CGGCGUCUGGGGGCGUGGAGCGGCCGGGCCCCCCGCGGGCUGUGGUCGGGGUGGGGGGCCGGAGCAGCGAGGCCCCCCUGACCCUGCAGCGCGGGCCGCCUGGAGCCCCAGGCUGAGAGGGGGCCGGAGCGGCGCCCCGGCCGCCCGCGAGGGGUCUCCCCCAUGGUGCAGCGGGGUUCGGGAUGUCGAAGACGCUGAAGAAGAAGAAGCACUGGCUGAGCAAGGAGCAGGAGGGCCCGGGGUCCUGGCCCGGGCCCCCGGGCGACUUCGGCGCGGAGAUCCGGGGCGGCGCGGAGCGCGGCGAGUUCCCCUACCUGGGGCGGCUCCGCGAGGAGCCGGGUGGGGGCACCUGCUGCGUCGUCUCGGGCAAGGCGCCCAGCCCCGGGGAUGUGUUGCUGGAGGUGAACGGGACGCCUGUCAGCGGGCUCACAAACCGGGACACCCUGGCUGUCAUCCGCCACUUCCGCGAGCCCAUCCGUCUCAAGACUGUGAAGCCAGGCAAAGUCAUUAAUAAAGAUUUGCGACAUUACCUGAGUCUUCAGUUUCAGAAAGGCUCCAUUGACCACAAACUGCAGCAAGUGAUCAGAGAUAAUCUCUACCUGAGGACCAUUCCAUGCACUACAAGGGCCCCCAGGGAUGGGGAAGUACCAGGGGUGGACUAUAAUUUCAUUUCUGUUGAACAGUUCAAAGCACUGGAAGAGAGUGGAGCAUUGUUAGAAAGUGGAACGUAUGAUGGAAACUUCUAUGGAACUCCUAAGCCUCCAGCAGAACCCAGCCCUUUCCAGCCAGACCCAGUGGAUCAAGUACUCUUUGAUAAUGAGUUUGACACAGAAUCCCAAAGAAAAAGAACUACAUCCGUCAGCAAGAUGGAAAGAAUGGACAGCUCCCUUCCUGAAGAGGAAGAAGAUGAGGAUAAGGAAGCUAUUAACGGCAGUGGAAAUACAGAAAACAGAGAGAGGCAUUCUGAGUCAUCUGACUGGAUGAAGACUGUUCCAAGUUACAACCAAACAAGUAGCUCCGUGGACUUUAGGAAUUACAUGAUGAGAGAUGAGAAUCUGGAACCACUGCCCAAAAACUGGGAAAUGGCCUACACCGACACGGGGAUGAUCUACUUCAUUGACCACAAUACCAAGACAACCACCUGGUUGGAUCCUCGUCUUUGUAAAAAAGCCAAAGCCCCUGAAGACUGUGAAGAUGGAGAGCUUCCUUAUGGCUGGGAGAAGAUAGAGGACCCUCAGUAUGGGACAUACUAUGUUGAUCACCUUAACCAGAAAACCCAAUUUGAAAAUCCAGUGGAGGAAGCCAAAAGGAAAAAGCAGUUAGGACAGGCUGAAAUUGGGUCUUCAAAACCAGAUGUGGAAAAAUCACACUUUACUCGAGAUCCAUCCCAGCUUAAAGGUGUCCUUGUUCGAGCAUCACUGAAAAAAAGCACAAUGGGAUUUGGUUUUACCAUUAUUGGUGGAGACAGACCUGAUGAGUUCCUGCAAGUAAAAAAUGUGUUGAAAGAUGGCCCCGCGGCUCAGGAUGGGAAAAUAGCACCAGGUGAUGUUAUUGUAGACAUCAAUGGCAACUGUGUCCUUGGGCACACCCAUGCAGAUGUUGUCCAGAUGUUUCAGUUGGUACCUGUCAAUCAGUAUGUAAACCUCACUUUAUGUCGUGGUUAUCCGCUUCCUGAUGACAGUGAAGAUCCUGUUGUGGACAUUGUUGCUGCUACUCCUGCCAUCAAUGGACAGUCAUUAGCCAAGGGAGAGACUGGCGUGAGUACUCAGGAUUUUAAGCCAGGAGCGAUGGUUCUGGACCAGAAUGGAAAAUCAGGACACACCUUGACCAGUGAUCGUCUCAAUGGACCAUCAGAUCCAAACGAGCAGAGAGCAUCCAUGGCCUCCUCGGGCAGCUCCCAGCCUGAACUAGUGACUAUCCCUUUGAUUAAGGGGCCUAAAGGCUUUGGGUUUGCAAUUGCUGACAGCCCCACUGGACAGAAGGUGAAAAUGAUCCUGGAUAGCCAGUGGUGUCAAGGUCUUCAGAAAGGGGAUAUAAUUAAGGAAAUUUACCAUCAAAAUGUGCAGAAUUUAACACAUCUCCAAGUGGUAGAGGUGCUAAAGCAGUUUCCAGUAGGGGCAGAUGUACCAUUACUUAUCUUAAGAGGAGGUCCUCCUUCACCAACUAAAACUGCCAAAAUGAAAACAGAUAAAAAGGAAAAUUCAGGAAGUUUGGAAGCCGUAAAUGAGCCUGUACCCCAGCCUAUGCCUUUUCCUCCCAGCAUUAUCAGGUCAGGAUCCCCGAAACUGGAUCCUUCUGAGGUCUACAUGAAAUCUAAGACUUUAUAUGAAGAUAAACCACCAAACACCAAAGAUCUGGAUGUUUUCCUUCGGAAACAGGAAUCAGGGUUUGGCUUCAGGGUACUAGGAGGAGACGGACCUGACCAGUCUAUAUAUAUCGGGGCUAUUAUUCCUCUGGGAGCAGCUGAGAAGGAUGGCCGGCUGCGUGCAGCUGAUGAGCUGAUGUGCAUUGAUGGAAUUCCUGUUAAAGGGAAAUCACACAAACAGGUCUUGGACCUGAUGACAACUGCUGCUCGAAAUGGCCACGUGCUACUCACCGUCCGAAGAAAGAUCUUCUAUGGAGAGAAACAACCUGAGGAUGACAGCUCUCAGGCCUUCAUUUCAGCCCAGAAUGGAUCUCCCCGCCUGAGCCGAGCAGAAGUCCCUGCCAGGCCUGCCCCCCAGGAAGCCUAUGAUGUUGUCUUGCAACGAAAAGAAAAUGAAGGUUUUGGCUUUGUCAUCCUCACAUCCAAAAACAAACCCCCUCCAGGAGUUAUCCCUCAUAAAAUUGGCCGAGUCAUAGAAGGAAGUCCAGCUGAUCGCUGUGGAAAGCUGAAAGUUGGAGAUCAUAUCUCUGCAGUGAAUGGGCAGUCCAUUGUUGAGCUGUCCCAUGAUAACAUUGUACAGCUGAUCAAAGAUGCUGGUGUCACCGUCACACUAACGGUCAUUGCUGAAGAAGAGCAUCACGGUCCGCCAUCAGGAACAAACUCAGCCAGGCAAAGCCCAGCCCUGCAACAUAGGCCUGUGGGACAGUCACAGACCAACCACAUACCUGGGGACAGAAGUGCCCUAGAAGGUGAAAUUGGAAAAGAGGCCUCCACUUCUUACAGACAUUCAUGGUCUGACCACAAGCACCUUGCCCAGCCUGACACCGCAGUGAUUUCGGUUGUAGGCAGUCGGCACAAUCAGAGCCUUGGCUGCUACCCCGUAGAGCUGGAGAGAGGCCCCCGGGGCUUUGGCUUUAGCCUCCGAGGGGGAAAGGAAUACAACAUGGGGCUGUUCAUCCUUCGUCUGGCUGAGGAUGGUCCUGCCAUCAAAGAUGGUAGAAUUCAUGUCGGUGACCAGAUUGUUGAAAUCAAUGGGGAACCUACACAAGGCAUCACACAUACUCGAGCAAUUGAGCUCAUUCAGGCCGGAGGAAAUAAAGUUCUUCUUCUUUUGAGGCCAGGAACUGGCUUGAUACCGGACCAUGGUGAUUGGGAUAGUAAUAAUCCUUCAUCUUCAAAUGUGAUUUAUGAUGAACAGUCACCAUUUCCCCCAUCUUCACAUUCUGCUUCCAUAUUUGAAGAGUCUCAUGUGCCAGCAAUUGAAGAGUCUUUAAUGAGAGUUCAGAUAUGUGAAAAAGCAGAAUUAAAGGACAUUGUGCCUGAAAAGAAAAGCACUUUAAAUGAAAAGCAGUCUGAGAUAAAGUAUCAGUCUCUUCUCCAGAAAAAUGUGAAUAAGAGGGACCUACCCAACAGUCAUGGGCACGGCGACAAGAAAAAUCUGUUAAAGAUAGAAAAUGGUGUCACACGAAGAGGUAGAUCUGCUAGUCCCAAAAAGUCAGCCAAUCGAUACUCAGAGGAACAUUCAGAAAAAAUUCUCAGCCCUCUAAAAAAUGACCGCACAAGACCCAGAGAGAGAUCGCUCAGCCCUAAGAAGGGGGAGAAUAGAAGUCGUCAGAUCAGCACAAGGACAGAUUCUGAGCAAAACCACUGCAGAAAAAGCAGAGGACGAUCUUCUAGCCCGAAGAAGCAGCCAAAAACUGAAGGAAGCAAAGACCCAUCAAACACUGGAGCCAAACCAUUAGAGGGUCAGAGUCGAAGAGGAGUGGGCUGUGCUAGCGACAGUGCUGAGCACGUCGCGGACGGAAAAGAAGAGUCCAGUGUCAUCAAGAAAGACUCAAAACAGGGUCAGCUGGGAAAACACAGAACAAGGUCUCCAGAGAAAAAAGGCAAGAGAAUGGAUGAAAAGUCCCUUCCGCCCAAAAAGAUGAAUAACAUGAUGAGUAGAGUAAUAUCUGAAAAUGAAAAAGGAAAGAAAGCAACCAUGGGAGAAAGAAGUUCUAGUACAGAUAAAAUAGGAGAGAGUGUCCAAGGAACAGAAAAGCAGAAGGAACCUGAAGAGAAGAUGCUUUCAAACCAAACAGAAGGCCACGAAGGGAAGGAACUCGAGGUGGCUGACAAGAUCAGAGAGAGUGGAAGGUUCAGACCUGAAAGUAGUUCUCCAGUUAAGAAAACACCAAUAAUGCCUGGGCCCUGGAAGGUGCCGAGCGCAAAUAAAGUCACGAGCACUGCUGGUAUGGCUGAGAAACGACUGUGACCUUCAGAAUAAAAUGAACACUAGUUGUAACCUUUUCUUACUAACAAGCACCAUUUUUCCAACAAAACAACCCUCUUUUUUCCCAGAAAUCCUGAAACACAUAAGUACAGUUUAACUUAAGCAUCAAGUUACCUAGGCUGCAUGAAGGGCCUUUAGGAUUGCUAAGAACUAACUGUCCCCCUGGCUGGCCGGCCGCCCGCGCUCAGGAAGGAGCUGCACCUCGCGCUCAUCGGACACCCCUGCUCAGGCUGCCCAGCUCGUCUCCAUGAGUGUCUGAACUGACGGCGUCUGUUGAUGCUAACCAUGUGGUCACAACUCACUUUGUAUUUGUGCCAAGUUAUCUACUGUAUCAUGUCUGUUUUACCCUUUUCAUUCAGAUAUUUCCACGGUAAUGAAAAAGUUAGGUUUGGCUUGGAAGUUGAUGUUCUCAAUAGCAUGUUGCAUGAUUACAGAGAGAAAUAUUUGAGUCCUUGCAGAAGCAGAUUAACUCAUCAUUAAAGAUGGCAGUUGCCUGACCGACAGCUACCGGUGAUGUCCCAGUUAAAACAUAAACCUCUGAAACUUCAGUACUUACCAAAAAAAAUGUAGUCAAGUAUUGAUGCUUUCUUAUGUUUUUAAAUUUUGAUUCGGCUAGGUAGGAUGUUUCAAAAAACUGUUGAAGAUAUUAGUUACAAAAAGAAUGUUCAAAACAAGGAAGUCCUUUAAGCAACAGAGUUCAGCUCCUGUGGCGUUCCUCAGCCCCGAUGUAGUUGUAGCAUCUCAGGUGACCCUGUUUCAGUUAUGUCAUUAUGAAACCACAAAGAAGCAUGUGAAAACACUACUUAACUGCUCUUCAUAAAAAGAACUACCAACUACGUACUCCUGGAAUAUUUUGGUUGUACCAACUACUAAAGUCAUUAGUCUUCAAUACAUAAUACGUGUUUAAAGAGUCAAAAUCAUACAGAUUGUGUGAGGGACUUCAUCAUGAAACCAGUUUCACAGGCCACUGCCAAAGUACCGGCUCACCUGGUGUACCGCAGGUAUACAGGUCCAGGUCUGGAAGCAGAGCGUGUGAAAGGCCUGCUCGGCAAGUAAAAGCUGUGAUUAUUUCAUUUUUAGCUACAUUAACUUUCUUACUUGAAAGUAAGAAAGGAAAACUAAACAUCUACAUAGCUUGUACAAAUUUUCAGAGUUGUCUUCAAAAAGUCUAAAGAUGUCUAUUGGAAACUGGAGACAGUUUUAACUCCAUAAAAUAGGUCCAGGAAUUUUAGUCCCCUGAAGCAGCAUUCAGUAGCAUCUAUAAAUAAAGGCACAUUCUCAGAAUAAAACUAUUUUAUGGAGUAUUAGAACACACUUACUCUGUCACCCUGGAUUCAUCUUGUUGUGAAACGCAUUAUGUUCCAGGUCCUUCCCUCUGAGAGUCUGACUGUGAAACUCUUUAAUGUAACAACUGUAUCAGCCCCUGUAGAUAAGACAUGCUUCCCAGAGUGAGAUUUCUGAAAUCCCCUUUUCAUCCAGAACUAUAUUUACCCACCUAUUGUAACUACUUGAAUAGAGCAAAAUUAGGAGACUUGACAAAUGCUAAGGAUUUAGUACCACAGAAAUGAUUUAUUUUCCCUCUAGUCCACAAUUAGUGAUACAAAUCCUAUUUUUAUUGUUAACUGUGACAUAACUUUAAUGUCAUAUGUUGUCAGUCUGAUGUGGCUCUUCCUUUCUAAGUAACCUGUCACUGUACUGAUUAUAUCCUGACUUAGCAAUGUGGCCUUGGAAUGCUGAGCAAAAUAUGGAUGUACUGGUUGUAAAUGUUUAUAUAUUGUACAGUACCUUUAUAUAUACUUGAGGUUCUGAUUAGAGAAAGAGAUCUGUAAAUCGCUCGUUAUUUUUUAUAUAGAUAUUAAAAAAAAAACAAAAACAAAAA